UUUUGUUGUUGUUGUAUUUUGAAGCCGCUUGCACGUUGCACGUGUUAGUCGAAAAUAAAUUUGAUUUAUAACAAAUAUACAGCUGAAGCGUUUAUUCAUAAAACGGCCGCAAAAUGCAGCACGACGAUGUCGUUUGGAGCAUCAUCAACAAAACCUUCUGCUCGCACAAAGUCAAAACCGAUACGCGCACCUUCUGUCGCCACGAGUACAAUCUGACGGGCCUGUGCACGCGGCGCACCUGCCCGCUGGCCAACUCGCAAUAUGCCACAGUGCGCGAGGAGAAGGGCAUCAUUUAUCUGUUUAUGAAGACGGCGGAGCGGGCGCAUAUGCCCAGCAAAUUGUGGGAGCGCGUCAAAUUGUCGCGCAACUUUGAGAAGGCCAUCGAACAGAUCAAUGAGAAUCUUGUGUUUUGGCCAAAAUACAUGAUAGCCAAGAAUAAGCAGCGCUUCCUUAAGAUCACACAAUAUCUGAUGCGCAUGCGCAAGCUGAAGCUGCGCCGCCAGAAGCUGAUCGUGCCGCUCUCCACAAAGAUCGAGCGACGCGAGGCGCGCCGUGAACAGAAGGCGCUCGUUGCGGCCAAGAUUGAUAAUCAUAUCGAGAAGGAGCUGUUGACGCGUCUCAAAAUUGGCACGUACAAGGAUAUCUAUAACUUUUCACAGACGGCCUUUAACAAGGCGCUGGAAGCGGAGCAUGUGGACGAGGACGAUGAGCAGGAGGUGGAGGAUGAGGAGGAGCGCGAACAUGAGCUGGAAAUGGAAGCGGAUGCAUCUGAGGACGAGGCACUCGAGCUGCGACGCGCGCUUAACGAUACGGAAGAGUACGUGGAAGCGGAUACCGAUGAUGAAGACGAAGACGAAGAUGAUGAUGAUGAUGAGGCUGAGGCUGACUAUGACAGCGAUUCGGGCCAGCGCGAACAGGUGGAAAUGGACAGCGAUUUCGCCCAGUCCGAUGAUGAUAAUGAUGAUAUUGAGGAUACCCAAGUGCCAGCCAAAUCGACGAAGAAGCUGAGCGGCGACGCCAAGAAGAAGUCAAAGACAACGGCAGCAGCGGCAGCGGCAGCAGCAGCAACAUCGAAGCGACGCAGCAAACCCAAACUGCAAUUGGAAUAUGAAAUGGAAUAUGAGGCUGAGGCUGCUCCAGCACGGCAAAUGCGUCAUAAGUGAGGUAGAAUAAAGAACGGAUAGAAGAAGAGAGUGCUAGAGAGCGCAACUAAAUUAACAUAUACGUUUAUUAUUGUAUAGAUCUAAUUAAAUGUAAUGCGAUUAAGAACUUGAGAGAAAUCUUUAAAACGAAA